AUGUCGUCAUCAACCCGAUCGCCAAAGUGUGGCUGGCAAGCUGUAAAGCCACACGUUUCACCCCCUCCAAGUCCAUUUUAAUGCUGUUGGGACAUUCGCUCUUCGCCUAUCCGACAGCGUAAGAUGUCGUCACUGCUCAAAGUGGAUAAUGAAAUUAAAACCAAGGUUGAUGCAUUUAGAGAACGUAUCACUGCAGAAGCAGAGGAUCUAGUUGCUAAUUUUUUCCCAAAGAAGUUACUGGAACUUGAUCAGUUUCUUAAGGAGCCAAUCAUAAACAUCGUAGAGUUGAAGGAGAUCCACUCGGACAUCAACCUAACAGUGCCCGACCCAAUCCUUCUCUCCAAUCUUCAUGAUGGACUCGAUUCGCAAAAUGCCAAAAAGAGAAAGCUGGAGGAUGGAGCUACAGAGGCUAAGGUGACCGGCACAAAAGUCUUCGUCAUGCCUGGUGGGAUGAUGCAGAGUAACAACAACCUGGUGGAACUCAUCGAAAAGGUCAAACCGGAGAUCCGGACGCUUAUAGAGAAAUGCAACACGGUAAAAAUGUGGGUGCAGCUGCUGAUUCCCAGGAUAGAAGAUGGCAACAACUUUGGAGUGUCCAUCCAGGAGGAGACAGUGGCUGAGCUCAGGACAGUGGAAGGCGAGGCAGCCUCUUACCUGGACCAGAUAUCAAGAUAUUACAUCACUCGAGCAAAGCUGGUUUCAAAAAUAGCAAAAUACCCUCAUGUGGAGGACUAUCGGCGCACAGUAACAGAGAUUGACGAAAAGGAAUACAUCAGUCUGAAGAUAAUUGUAUCGGAACUCCGAAAUCAAUACGUGGCGCUACACGAUAUGAUCCUAAAGAACAUUGAGAAGAUUAAGAGGCCUCGAAGCAGUAACGCUGAAGCCUUGUACUGAGAGCCGCCAAAAACCAUCCAGUUUGCACGAUCCGUCAUUUCAGUACAAUCAAACAAUCCCUAUACAUACAUCAUACCAAGAUGAAGACUUCACACGGUUUUUUUUUUUAAUUGUAAGACUUUUUUUUUUUUUCCUGUUUUAAAGACAUUAAAUGCUCGGGAAGUCGUAUUCUCAGCAAGUGCGUACUUUUUUAAUUUGACAGUGAUUUCAUUUAUAGAGCUUGUAAGCCGUUUCCAGAGCAACUUUUGUGUUCUUUGCCAGAAGAAUGGUUGACAAGGAAAGUUUUAUGCUGUACAGUCAGCUUAUAGAUUCACAAAAAUCACCUCAUAAAAAUAUUGAUUCUAUAGAAUAAAACUUUUUUUAAGAAA